AUGGCUUAUGAAGCUCUUGAUAACCUGCAACAAACCUUAGAUCUGAUCCUAGAACACCGCGAUUAUUUCCUCACUCAUUCUGCAAAACAAGAAAUCAUAUCCAUCCGCUACCAAUCUAUUGCGUUGCAGUUGAAUCUCAAACACUAUCCAAACAAAGAGAGAAUCAGAGAGGCAGCGAGUAAGACACAUGAGAUUAUUGAACAUCUCUUCUCUGAUAAAGAGAUAAAGCCGGCAAUCAGACUUGCAAUCAGGCUGAGGGAAUUAGCAGCGCGACUGGAGUCAAUCGUUGGAGACGUGGUGGAUUGCAUCAAUGGAAACGGCUCAGCCAGCAGCUUGGAGCCAACCGUUGGAGACGUGGUGGAUUACAUCAAGCUGGGAAACGACUCCGAUGUUAGUUCAUCAUCAAGAUCAGCAAUCGCAAUUGUUGGUGUUGAUAAAGAUGUGAAAGUGAUCAAGGAUCGGCUUUUGGUGGAAUCAUCCAGACUAUGGGUUCUCCCAAUUGUUGGAACGGGAGGCAUUGCUUCCACGAAGGGAAUUUCAGAUGCUAAGAGCGACAUCCCUAUGGAAAACUUAAUUUACGACUAUCUAAAACGUCGGAGGUAUCUUAUUGUUAUGGACGACAUGUGGAGCAAGAAAGCUUGGGAUGAUGUCAAGAUGUUGUUUCCUGAUGCGGGUAAUAGCAGUGGGAUAAUAGUCACCACAAGGCUGCAGGAUGUGGCUGCUUAUGUCGACUCUUCUAACUCCAUUCAUAAUAUGAGUUUGUUGGAUUCACAUCAGAGCUGGAAUUUGCUAAAGCGGAAGGUGUUCGGAUAUAACGACAUUCCUAUUGAAUUGGAAGACAUUGGGUUCAAAAUUGCUACAAAUUGUGGAGGGUUGCCCCUUUCACUUGUGAUGGCGGCUGGACUUCUAUCUAAGAUUCCGAUUCAUAAUCGAGACUCAUGGAAGCAAAUUGCUGCAGACAGCGGGCAGCUUGAAACAAUAAUUUGUUCGAGCUAUACCCAUUUACCCAAUCACUCGAAGCCAUGUCUUUUAUAUAUGGGUGGCUUUCCAGAAGAUUACGAGAUUCGUGUCUCAGAACUUAUUAACCUUUGGAUAUCCGAAGGUUUUGUAACACUUUCAAAUGGAUCUAAAAGCUUGGAAAAGGAGGCAGAAGAUUGUGUCGAGGAUCUUGUCGAAAGAAGUUUAGUUUUGGUUACCAACAGGAAGUCUGAUGGGAAGAUAAAGAGUUGCAGCCUUCAUGAUAUUGUGCGGGAAUUUCUCGUAAGGCAGGCUGCAAAAGAGAAGGUAAUUCUUUCUGUUAUGGAUUACUUACCUACUCCUAUCCUGCGAAAGUAUUUUGUUCCACGUCUCAUAAAAGAUCAUCACAUCAUAAGUGCUAGUUCAUAUGAUCUACAUCUCAAAGACUACGGGCAUAGCUCACACAUUCGUACCAUAAUAUGUAUUCCGAAGAAAGGGUAUAGAUAUGUGGGCUUUGUAGAGAAGUUUAGUUCGCUAAGGGUCCUCCAUGUUUUACGUAGAAAUGAUCACUGGGAUUGGGAGCCAGGUCAAGUGUUCGAUCUGGUUCAUUUAACUUACCUUGCUUCCAACAUUCCCAAUAGUAUUGUUCCUUCGGCUAUAUCAAAGCUUCAGAAUCUUCAGACUUUAGUUAUUUAUAGAUCUGAGGUUCGUUUACCCAUGGAGAUUUGGAGGUUGCGACAAUUAAGACAUCUUAUUGCCUUCUCAUUUCAACCUUUACCGAACCCUGAAGGGGAAAAAAAUCCUCUUCAGAACCUGCAGGCACUUUCGUUGGCAAUGGACUUCGUGUGUAGUAAAAGAAUGGUGGAAAUGAUUCGAAACAUUAAAAAGCUGGGAAUAUGUUACUCCAAGGAGAAGCUUGAUGGGGAUGCGAGCUAUUGCCUCAACAAUCUUAAAUAUCUAUUUGAACUUGAGAAAUUGAAACUGGAGAUGCAUGUAGAUUCUUCAUGUAUAGAACAAGAAUCGGAGAUGCCUGCACGUGAAGAUUUUUCAUUUAGAGGUCUAAACUUUCCUAUAAACUUUCCUUUACAGCUGAGAAGGUUAACCUUGGGUGGUUGGAGGCUUUCUUGCAGUGUUAUGACCAUCAUUGGUUCAUUACCUAAUCUUCAAGUGCUUAAACUAAGAAACUUUGCUUGCCACGGCGGUUACUGGGUAACAUCUGAGGGAGAAUUCCGUGAACUGAGAUAUCUGCUAAUCGACGGAUCAUAUUUGGCUUAUUGGACGACUGAAGCUAGCCACUUCCCGAGACUCGAGUGUUAG